GAGAAUUUGGGAGGGUUGGGCAGUAGUGGAACUGUCAGGGAUAGAUAGAGGCAGAGACAGAGGUAGGUGUCAUGAGGCAGCGUGGCCCAGUUAGGAUAGUAUCCGGGCAAGGGCUUUAGGGCUUUCGAGAACCAUGAAAGUGGUUUCAAUUUUAUUGAUGUGCAUAGUCUUACCUGGAACAUAGACUGAAACCUAGUAACUUUUAUCUCACCUUGAUCUACCUUAUUGCCUGGAGAUUGAUGGUGUGACGUUAUUGUUCCAGCGAUCACGUGCCUUGUUUAUACACGGUCGUUCCCAAAACGGACCAACCCCCUCCCUCUCUUCCUCUACGACAGUUUCUCAUAUAUUUCCUUAAUCUCGAGGCCUAUAUCAGUGACUGGCAAUGUCUACAAACAUUCAGCGUCGCACCACCGCUCGGUCGACUCGAGCGAAUCCACUCAAAGAUAACGAAAAUGCCAAUGCACGCCCUUCCCGAAUCACCACACGCACCAAGCCACUUUCUAAUACAAGCGCUGCUAUUGCCACCAACGUGAAUGGCGGGUCCUCACGAGUGACAGCCCCCACUGCGGCUUCGAAGGCCAAGUUGGGCCCCAGCGCCCAAGACACCAAAGCUGAUCCUCUCGCCGGCAAGAGGAAGCGCGAGCUCCUUGGCGAGAAUGCUGCUGCGGCGAGAUCGUUGAGGGCCCAGGUUGGAAAAGGGAAAGAAAAGGAGGUUGUCGUCAAGAAGGAGCUGAAGGCCGGCAAAUCCACCACAGUCCGAGUCACUCGCAAACCGUUGCGUACCGUUGCUGGCACUCGUCACAACGCCGGCGAAGUCGAAGACAUCGCCGAUGAUGCCAAGGAAGAGGAACCAAUCGACGCUCCUCAAGACGAUAACGCCAUGCACGUCGAUCUCCCUCCCCAGCCAGUCCUUCCCGUUGGUGCCGUCCGUAAAUCACUCGUCUCGAGGGAGAACACUGCUGUCGCCACUCGUCAGUCAAACACCGCAUCCCGCCGACCUAAACAGUCGUCGCGUGCCGAACCGGAGGCACAAGAACUCGAGGAGGAUGAAGAAGACGAAACUCGUGUCCACAAGCGCCGUCGGACCUCAGACCCACCUGAAGAUGUUCCUGUCGAGGACACCGCCCUGUUGGAGGCCGUUCGAGAGCAAGCUGAAGAAGAAAUUAUUCAGCAGCGCAUUGCGGCUGAAAUGGAAAAGUAUGCCAACGAGGAACCUGAAGCCGACCCGGAGAAUUCUCCAUGGGACGACCUUGACGCUGCCGAUGCGGACGAUCCCGUGAUGGUCAGCGAAUACGUGGUGGACAUCUUCAACUACCUCAAGCAAGUUGAACUACAAACGAUGCCUAACCCGAACUACAUGGCUAGCCAAACUGAGCUCGCUUGGAAGAUGCGUGGUGUUCUCAAUGACUGGCUCAUCCAACUCCACAUCCGAUUCCGGCUAUUGUCGGAGACACUAUUCCUGUGCACCAACAUUAUCGAUCGAUUCCUUUCGGCACGUGUUGUGUCUCUGGCCAAGCUUCAGCUUGUUGGUGUAACCUGCAUGUUCAUCGCGGCCAAAUUUGAGGAAGUCCUCGCUCCAUCUGUAACACAGUUCCUCGAAUGUGCCGAUUCUUCUUACACCGAAGAUGAAAUCAAGCAAGCGGAGCGAUACAUCCUGAAAACUCUGGAUUGGAAUCUCAGCUACCCCAAUCCUGUUCACUACCUCCGGAGAGUCAGCAAAGCGGAUAACUACAAUCUCCAAGCUCGCACUCUGGGCAAGUAUCUGCUGGAGAUCGCCUGCUUAGAAUGGCGCUUGAUCGCCGCUCCACCUUCGUUGCUUGCUGCCGCGGCAAUCUGGUUGGCGAGGUUGACACUGGGCGAAGAGACUUGGACAUCGAACCUGGCUCAUUACUCAUCCUAUCCGGAGAGCGCACUGCUUCCUACCGCCAAUCUCAUGCUGAACUACAUCCUCAAACCGGUCAGACAUGAGGCCUUCUACAACAAGUAUGCUGGCAAGAAGUUCGCCAAGGCUAGUGUUUACAUGCGUAAGUGGGCGGAGGAGCGAUGGGAAGAAGGGACGCUUGUGGACCUUGCUCAAGCCUUGCCUCAACUGCGCAAUGAGAUCCGAGAGGAGCGAAUCUACCAAGAGGUUCGAUUGGAGCAGGAGCAACGUCGACUAGAACGAGAGUCGGGUGACCGAGCAGAGCGCCGACGGAAAAUUAGAGAAUCGGUUACGACGGCGGCAGUGGACUCCCGUUUGCGAUCUACUCACCAGUAAACGCCGAACUGUGAUGACCCACCAACCUAUCACCGUCUAUCCUUCCUCCCAGCAUCCGGCACAUCGUACCCACGAGCUUUCCCAACCCUGCAAUAUGUUUAUUCGCCCACAACAAGACCGCCCCGCACAGUAGUAGUAGCAGACCGACAUCCUAUCCUCCGACUCCUCGCGUGACUCGUUGCACGCUCUAUCGUGCGCGUUUUUUCUCGCUCUCCAUCUCGAUCCCUCCCUCUCUCCCAGAUUCCAUCCACUGCUCUCCUGUGUGUCUGCUCGAUUUGUUUUUUUUUUGCCGUGUUCAUCCUGUACAAUUGUUUUAACAUUGCUUUAUGCGGUGUUCCCUACUAUUUC